AUGAAGCCUUUACUGUUCUUAAUAAUGUACUUCUUAUGUCUGAGGGGACACCAGUGUGCACCUACUGUGGAGGGAGACAUAAAUUUUGUGGAAAACUUGAAAGUUUUAUCUGAAGUUGGAGAGAAAUAUGUAGAUGAAGAGGUAAAGAAUGCACUGAUUGGCAUUAAACAGAUGAAAAUUAUGAUGGAAAGAAAUGAAGUCAAACACACUGAUCUGAUGAAAACUUUAAAGAAGAGCAGUGAAGAAAAAGAGGAAGCUCUAAGACUUAUGAAUGAAGUCAAAGAAAGACUGGAAGACGAAGAGCAAAUAUGCCAGGGGUCUUUGAAGAAUUUAUGGGACGAGUGCCAAUCUUGUCUAGAAAGUAACUGCAUGAGAUUUUAUACCACCUGCCGCCAUGGCUUCUCCACAUUUACAAGUAAGGUUGAAGAUUUUUUCAAGAAAUUGACUCCAUUAUCGCUUCCUGUUUAUGAGCUUCAGGAGCAAGAUCUCCCAUUUAAUAAAAAACCUGAAGAAGAGGAUGCCCAGCUAGCACAAAUGGAACACUUGUUCAACCAGCUGUUAUCUGACAUGGGCACAAUCUUUGAAAAAAGCUUUGUUUUUUUCAAACAGAUGCAAAAAGAAUUUGAUCAGUCUUUCCAGAUGUAUUUCAUGUCUGAUCCAGACUUGACGGAGCCCUACUUUUUGCCAGCUUUUUCUGAGGUAACUGUAAGAAACCCUACUCCCCCUAAAGACUGGGAGGCACCAGGCUUCCUCCAACUAGUUUUUGACUUCAGCAAAACUGUCCUGGAAGGUGUUGGUGAAGUGAUUACUGAGGUAUUUGAAGAAUACCGAGAGACUGCAAGAGACAUGGCAGAACAACUUAAAGAUUCUGAUGGAAGUGGAAUGUUCUCUAAGAACAUGGCAGACCACGAGAGAACUCCGUGCAAUAAGCUGCGUCAGAAUUCAUCGGGAUGCCCUCAAUUUCAUGAGAGAUGCCAAAAAUGUCAGGAUCAUUUUAUGCGAGUUUGCCCCGAUGUUCCUGAACUACAUACAAAGUAUGAUGAUGCCUUUAAGCUGGUGAACAUCUCUGGUGAGCAAUACCAACAGAUUCUCCAAAUGGUCAAACGUCACACAGAAGACACAGCCUACCUGUUGAAUAAAAUGAAAGAAAGAUUUGGAUGGGUGUCCGAACUUUCCAACAUGACUAUUGGACCAGAAAACAUUUUCAAUAUAGUAAAGGUGUCAUCAAGUGUCAAAGGAGGUGAAGCUGCCAGUCCAAAUGAAACUGUCGUAGAUGUGAAUAUUUUGACUUCGCCUACUUUCACUGUCAAGGUUCCCCAAGACCUGGACACUGAGAGUUCAGAAUUCAUUGAAUAUGUAGCAGGGAAGGCUUUACAGCUUUACAAAAAGAAUUUCUAGGCAAGAGAGGAAGAAGUGAACAGUGAUACCUACUUUGAAUCCAACAUGUUCUCCUUUAGCAAAGUACACCAAAAGUCAUCAUGCAGAAAAAACCUGCAGAUGAUAAAAUGUUUAAUAAAUGUGUUGAAUAUCAGUAUGAAUGUAUCUCUUAUGAUUUCUCUCUGCAUUCAAUUGUUGAGAGCAAAUCUAAAAAGAUAUAGCUGGUGAAUACUGAAAAUGUUUCUCCUUAGCAUUUGGAUUAUGUGUCAAAAGAGAGGGGUAAGAAAUACAUGCAUAGAUUUCAGUUGUAUUCUGUCCAGUAAUGUAGACGUUGGCAGAAGUAUUUUUAAAGUAUGCAAAAGUCCUGAAUAUGUAGUUCCACUUAUUAAUGAUUUAGAUCAGUUUUGCAUGUGUGCUCUGGUUAAGGAACCUGCUCUAUUUGCUCCCCACACUAUACCAUAAUGGCACGUAUCCAAAACAUGGUAUCAAGUU